UAGGAAAAUAUUUAGAUACCAAUCACUUAACAGGUGUGAAAAAAAGUUUCAUUUGUAUUAAAUGACAAAACAUUUGAAAAAGAUUAAUGAUUUUGGUGUACGUAAGAUAACAUAGCAUAGUGUAGGAUAUGAGAUAUAACACCCUGCUGCAAAAUGUAUAACAGUUUAAGAUAGCAUUUAAAAUACAUUGUUUAAUAAUUUAGUGGUGUUACAAAAAAAGAAUAAAAGGUUUACAAACAUUUUUGCUCAGCAGGGAGAAGAGAAGGAAGAAGAAGAAGAGAAUAACAUGAUGCAUAACAAAGAGGAUUUAAGGACGGUGUUGCAGACAGCUGUGAGUCUGUGUGUCCAGAACAGACUUAUGUCUGCAGAGAGAGCAAAUAUCUUCUACAGAUCAGCCCUUGAUGCAGAUCUGCGAUUUGCUCUGGAAAACUGCCCUGUUCAGGACAUCAUCAACAGAUGUAUGAUCUAUGUCCACAAGGUCAUCAAUGCAGACGGAGAGAGAGGAAAACAACAGAGAAAUUCAGAGCUGCAGUCAGAGUUGAAGGCUGAAACCUCUCAGCAGACCCUUCUGAAGACAGUACCCACUCCUUCCGAGUUAUUAUCACAGCUCUGUGACAGCUACCUUGCUCUCCUCGCUUCCCGCCAACUUCUCCUCUACACCACAACCACCGAGUGCGACCGCCGCCACGGCUACACCACAGCCAGGAGGCGAGCCUACGCAGACUCCCUGUGCCAGCAGGUUUUCUCAGACCUCAUGGCAUUGACUGACAGUUCCAACAUUCCCCAGCUCAGAGGAACUGCUCAUAUUGUUGAUGCCCAAUCCAGAGAGUGGGCCGAGCAAGAGCAGCUGUGCAGCAUCCUCGCUCAGUUUUAUAGCAUUAUUCAGCCAGAGGAGGAAAAGAUCAGAGCUUAUGUCAAACAGAUAGAUCAGCAGCGCCCACUAGUGCUGACUGGAGGACCAUGCAAAGGGAAGACUGUGUUGGUCGCACACUGCGCUGAGCAGAUCAAGGCCUGGCUAGCAGACUGUGAUCCAGUGGUGAUCAGUUGUUUUUGCAGCCUUUCAUUCAAAACAUCUCCCAACCAUCUGCUCUCCAGACUCUGUCAUCAGAUAGCUCGCAGAUAUGAAGAGCUGUCGCUCACUAAGCUAGAGCCUGAGUCCUGCCUCUGCAGGAACCCAGAUGAGUGCAGCUGCAACAUUAACUGCAGCUCAGAUCCUCACAAUGACUCCUGCCACAGAGAACGGGUCUGUGAUGGUGACCCAAAUUUCUGCAAAAUACCAGAUUCUGGUCCUCGAGAACUGCAUUCUAGCAUCAUAAAAGUGGAUUUUUCUCUGUUUGAGCUUAAAGAACAUCUUGCAUCCCUUCUUAUCCAACUUCCUUCCACCAAACAUCCUCUUGUUCUCAUCCUCGAUGGCUUGGAUCAGCUGGAAAACUGCUUUGGUGCUCAGAUCAUCAACAGCCUCCCGUCCCCCCUCCCUGACUCUGUCAAACUCGUUGUUACAGUCUCCUCACACAGAACAGGCCUCUUGCAGGCCAUCAAACUACACUACCCCCAACAAGUAAGACUUCCUCACUCUGUAUCAGCAGACAGUGAGGAGAAGACCGGCUAUGCUUGUGUACAGCUCCAAUCAAAGGACAGGAGACAGUGUGUGAAGCUUUUGGAAUCGCUGCUGAACAGUUCAGGGAGGAAGGUGACGUCAGGACAACAAGCGCUGGUGAACCAGGCACUAACCUCCUGCUGUCUGCCUCUUUAUACUCGACUCCUGCAUGCACAUGCUUCGCUGUGGCACUCUGAUUCAGAUGUGACUGAGUCGUCUCUCCCUGACGGCGUUCAUUCGUCUAUUUCCGCUCUCUUGGAUCACUUGGAACAGAAGCACGGCUCGUCCUUGAUGGCUCGUACGGUCUCUUACGUCUCCCUCUCCAGGACCGGGCUCUGCGAGUUUGAACUUGUGGAUCUGCUGUGCUCAGACAAUGGGAUUCCAGCUGAAUGUGAAAGAACAGUUUCACAAGUUGAUGUAGAGAGGCUGCUAAUGGAUUUAAAAAACUUCCUCAUCAGACGGUCGGUUGCUGAUUCACAGGUGCUGUUUUGGGUGAGCCAACAUUUCCAGCUGGUCGUGACUAAAAAGUAUCUGGGCACUCAUGGGGUGAGGAGCAAGAUCCAUUCAGAGAUGGUGGACUAUUUCAGUGGGAGGCGGGUUAAUGGAAAUGAAAAGGCACUUUUUGUAAACCCUAAAUCUGAAUCAGACAGUCAGCCAUUUAUUUUCUCUGUUUCUGAAGAUGCUUGUAGGGUAAACAUGAGAAAGAUCCUAGAGUUGCCUCAUCAUUUGCAACAAAGUGGCAGGUUGGAAGAAAUGGAACAUGAGUUGUUGAUGUCUUCAGAGUUUCACCAAGCAAUGGUUCAAGCUGGCAAGCUAGAUGAUCUGGUAGCCAUGUUGGAGGCUGAUGAAGGCUCAACAAAGUUUUUAAGAGAAAGAUGGCUGCUUGCAAGCACAUUGAAGUCCUCUGCUUGCUUCCUGCAGAACUCACCCCUACAGUUGCCUACAGUGAUGGAGAUGAGCCUCCUCCCUUACUUGGACAUCUUUCCUGCCCUUGAAGGAUAUGUCAGAGACAUCAGACAGGACAGGAGGAAAAGGGGGAAAGGAGCAGGACUGGUCAUUUGUUUCAGUCCCUGCUCUGUUCUCCCUAUUUGCAAAUUAGGACUCAAUCUUAACACCAGAACAAUUAGUGUUGCAGAAGCUGCAUGUACAGAAUGUGGGGUUGUGGCAGAGAUCAUGGAUGAUGGUUCUGCCUGGAUUUGGAAAGGUUCAGUUUGUGAUUUUGACAAGCUAUCACUUAGCCAGGAGCAGCAGGAGUUGAAGUUUGCAGGAGUGAAAAGUAGCUGUACUUUCCUACUGCUUUCAACACAAUCCAACAAGCUCUUUGUGUGGGAUGUGGCAGAUCCAGAGAGGCUUAUUGAGGUGAAGGAAUCACCGGAUACAGAGUCUAAGUCAAGCCAAACUGAGAGUACAAUUAAAGGCUUUGUCUCAUGUCAGGAAAAGUUAUGGAUGUGGUGGAAAAAGGAGAGUUUUGUCAGCAUGUUUGAUAUCUCCAGCAAUACCUCUAUUCGUCUUCGGUGUCAGAGCUCUGUGAUGUGUCUCGUUGCCUCCUUCCAGAGUUGCAGCAUUUACUGUGGACAGGAGGACGGCACAGUGUCGAUAUUUGAUCUCACAACCAGCAGUCUUCUUGGCACUUGUUUAAACUCAACCCACAGGGCAGUUAUGCAGAUAAUCCUCUGUGAAGAGGAGCAAGAAAUUGCAUGUGUGGACAUGUGUGGGAACGUAGCCCUAUGGGAUGUUGCGGACCAAAAACAACCACCCAGACUUGUCAAAGAAAACUUCAAUCAGGGUAAAUCUUCCAGCAUUUUCAACACAGAUUAUUCCAAAGCCAUCACCACUCUUUUGGUGUGUCAAACUCACCAGGUAACAUUGUGGAAUACAUGUAACUGGGAGAUGUGGGACCAGUUCCUUGUGCCGCACGGGAAAGCCUUCGCUCAAGCAGUGCUCUCCCUGGAUGGACAUCUCUUCCUGGCUUUGUUGGACAAUUUCCCGCUCGUCUUGGUGUGGAGGGUGAACACUGGUGAGUGUGUCCUCUCCUUAGAAACAAACACACAGCCCCUCGCGCUCCUCAAAACAGCCUCAGAUAUCAUUUGUGUGAGUCACGAUGGAAGCCUGACAGUCUGGAACUCAGAGAUGAUAAAUGCUGCAGGUACGGCAACAAAAAUGAAGAGUGGAGUGAAAGGCGUGGCGGUGGAGCAAACAGGAAAGUACUUCUACACAUCAGAUGGGUCAGAGAAUGUGUGGAGAUGGAAUUUAGAUUCUGGACUUCCACAAUUUACCUUCCUGCAUGAUGGUCCUGUGGAAAAGAUGCAGCUUUCUCCGAACAACAGCCAUCUUCUCUCCCUCUCAGCAGGGGAAAUUUAUGUCUGGCAGACAGAAACAGGUGAGAAUAUCGGCCGGAUCAGCGGCGGCAGUGCUGCAGAUGUGCUGAUCACUCCCAAUAGUAAGUUUGGAGUGAGCAUAUCUAAACAUGGCCUCUCCCACGUUUGGAAGCUGCCACACGGAGGUAUUGUGUGCAGAAUUCACCUGUAUCUAUCGAACGCUCAGGUAUCGCCUGAGGGGACGUUUCUUGUUGGCCUUCGUUAUGGAGACCUGCUGGCUGCCAGCCUAUGGUCCGGUUCAAUCAGCAAGCGCUUCUCCUGCGUGGAAAACUCAGAGCGCGUUGUUGCUUUUCAAACUCUUUUAGACCACCCGGACUUUGUGGUGGUGCUGACCGUCUCUGGAGCGGUGUACACCUGGAAGCUGUCAGAGGAGACCGUGUGCCGGCACAUUCAGCUGCCACAUAUGUUUGACUGUCAGCCACAAGACUUCCAAAUGUCCCCUGAUGGGAGCUACGCACUGCUGUCCACUGAUAAUAACUCCAUCAAUAUCUUAGACUUAUCUUGUGUAAGGCUGUACUCCUUGAAAGCUGAAGGUCCUGUUAUCAAGGCCUGCUUGGAUAAAACUGGAUGCUAUGUUGUGUAUGUUUGCAACCCGAGCAGCCAGGACAAGAGCUGUGCUUGUUACCUGCACUCAAAGCUCAUCCUCACAGUCGUACGCCUCUCAGACAGGGAGAGAAUAGGAAGCGUACAUCUUCAUAAGAAUCCGACGACUCUGACUGUCAGCGAGCAGCAGGGCGUGUUUGUGGGCUUUGAUGACGGGUCUGUGGGUGUGUUCUCUGUUUCAGAUGCUACGGCUGAUGGGGAGAAGUUAAAAUGGAACAGGGAGAAUUUAAAAAGAGACCUGAAAACAUGUCCCUUUGACAGGGAACCUUUGAGCUGUUUUUUUCAGUCCAAACCCAAUGUUACAUGGUCUUGAACUUAAUGCAUCUGCUCAAGUAUAGUGCAACCAAAAUGACUUCUGGUCUUUUUAUCUCUACGCCUUUUCAUACUUAUUAAAAUGUAUGUAAUAUGUAAUGUAAUUUUGUCAUGUUACCACACCCAACUUUUUCAGCAGGAAGCCGUCUGAAUGUGUUCAUUUUUCCCCCUCAGGGGAAUGUUUUGCUCCCACUUUAAAAACUGAUGACUUUAACGUUUUUUUUUAGUUUCUUUUGACAGUCUCCUUUUAGGAAAUGCUAUUUUGUGACUUAGAUUAAGAACACACAUUCUUAGUUUGGAUUCAGCAUGGGUCCUAAUCUGUCAUAUCUCAUUACACCGAGCUUUGCAGAAAGGAGAAAAAGAGCCAAAAUAAAUUGAAAUAUGGUGUAAAACCAACUUUCAGAUAAUAGUAAGCAGUUGAAUCAAAUUAAAUGUGAGAUUUUACCCUU